GCUUUCGCUCCCCCCGUUUCAAGCUCGAAGCUCGCCAGUCUUCUACUGGCUGUGCGUGAAAGUGUAGCGACGUUUUCAACCCCUUAUACCAAUAAGAAGCACGUCUGCGAACUUCGACGCAAACUUUACUCCAGAUUCGAGUUAUUCAAUUUGCAUCUCUUCCGUUUCCGGUUUCGGAUGUCGGACAAAGCAAACAGUGCGGUCAUGGCUUCGGGGCAGUCGCAGCCCCACAACAAGCGCCCAACCAUCCUAAUAUACCCGACAGUAUCUCCAGAAACGGUAGUUGUUCCGAUAAUCUCCUGCAUCCUGGGAUUUCCGCUGCUCGCGCUGCUCGUCAUCUGCUGCCUACGAAGAAGAGCGAAAUUGGCCAGAGAACAAGCGAGAAGACGGAACUAUGACUACGAUCACGGUCGUUCGAGGGCUGUGUCGUUGCGGUCGGAGCGCGGUAUGAGCAGAGGAUUCCCCUCGAUGGAAUUGGAUACGGUCCUUGAGGAACGCUCCGACCCGGAACCGGAAGCAACCGUCGUCGAGAUGAUCACACCGGAUCAGGAAUCCAGGGACAGCUAGCAUAAAGAGAAGACCGUUUGUGCGGCAGAUAGGUGAACGCUUCCAGAAAAUGCCUGAAAGUUUCACGAAAUGAUCAAUGUUUUAUAUGUAUUCUGUUCCAUUCUUUGUUGGUAACGUGCAGAUCUCCGCUGUGGACGGCCUUAACUCAUGCUCACACCCUCGUCAUAGACCCGGACAGCUGACCCGAGGACCAGGAGGAACACACCCCGGAUCCGGUUAUCCCACAAAUCAUCCCCUUGCCCUUUGUCCGAGGCCAUUGAGAGCCCAUAGAUUAGGUCCCUAUUUACUAGACAAUACAUUACGUUUAACAUUAACGUGGUAAUACCACUCGCAGGAUUCGACCUCAUCGGAAGCAUAUAUUUAAUUAAAAUCAUUACGUAUUCCAUAACUGAUCCCGCUCGGGUAUGUGUGUAUCUGGUUUCCUGCUGCUGCUGUUGGAAAGACCUGCAGCAGUUCGGUUCAUAUUUGCUCACUUUUCAGAAUCCGAGCAACAGUAAAUUAAAUUUAAUGUCCCGGCAGCAACUAAGUUGUGUAUGUUUGCGUAAAGCCGAGCGUUACCAAACGCGUCCUGAAUAAUGAAAAAUCCACCUCGGGCUGAGUUUUCUUCAAUGAAAUGACAUGCCUACCCACGCUUUAUCCUCAACUUAAAACCAUGUACCGUGUAUGUUUCCCUCCCAAGAAAAAUGUUAAAUAAAUAAAGUAGAAGAGUAAAUGCAAAGUAAACUUUACGAGUUUCCCUCGUAGUUUGGACCAGCUGGAUAAUAUUCGUACUGUAGUUUAUUCGUGUACAUUUCACUGCAUUUCCGUACACAUUGUUUAUUUAAUACAUUACACAUAUCACAUAUGUAGGAUGCUGAUCUAUUUAUUUCGAAUCCAUUGUUAUCGUUUU